AUGGCAGCGAAUAGUACAAUAGAGAAUAAUGCAACAAUCACAUUGGACAAAACGCAUAACGAGGGCGGCACAAAUUUGAGCGGCGGAGCGAUCGCUGGAAUUGUUAUUGCUUGUGUGGUUGGCACAUUUCUUUUGGCAAUCUCUGGCUUCUUCAUCUUCCGAUACGUUCGUGAUCGCAGGAAAAAUCACGGUGAAUAUCGUCCACAGUUCGAAGAGCAGCACCACGCGAAAGACUUACCAUAUAUUCAACCUCCAAAUAUUGAAGGACUUAUUUAA